AUGGAGAAGAAAUUAGACAAGGACCCAGCACUGAAGACUUCAUAUGAAGAACUCACCGGAGAAGAGAAGAAUCCCCAAGUUGUUGCCACAUUGAAGGUCAUACCACAAGUCACUCCGGACCCGAAGAGAUUCUCCGACUGGACUCGACUGCUACGCAGUACAGCGCGCAUAUUCCAGUUCAUCGACCUGCUAAGAGAAACUUUUUAUGACGUAAGACUAAAUCGACGGAGUUUGUACACGAGGGAGUGGCAGUACGAGGGUCUCCCUAUAGAGUUUCCAAACAGGCGUUCAGUUCAGAAAGUGGCGACAUAUGAUGAAACUACAACAACAACAGCGAACCCUCCCAUCGACCCUCGCUACCGCCGCGUGUACAACCCAGACGAGGUGGCGUCCGUGGUGGACCACCCGUUCAUGGCGGCUCUUCUGGUGAACAAGCAGCUGUGGUGCGGCGCCGUCAUCAUCGACAGAGACACUGUGCUGACCGCUGCCCACUGCUUGCAGCUGCAAUACAACAACAGAUUCUUCCGGGAAUACGUCAAGAUGCUUUCAGUCCGGGUGGGCUCCACCAACGCCACAGCUGGAGGAGAGGUCCUGAGGGUGGUGGAGAUCUUCUUCCACCCCAACUACAAGCCCCAGACCCUGGAGUUCAACUUCGCAGUGGUGAAGCUCCAUAAGAACAUGACGUUUGGGAGACACGAUCUGAUCGCUGAUAUGGUGCCGUAUUCCAAAAUCAAAGUCGUUCCCGUCGAUAAUGUGAUCACAUUUCUGGGAUGGGGAUCAGUAUUGGUUCACGGUGGGAACGGUGGAUCAGUCCUGUUACAGAAAGUAGAACUGCCAGUGUACGACCUAGCCGAUUGCCAGGAAGUUUACGGAAGGAAUCUAGUAUCAAGAAACAACUUCUGCGCUGGCUACAUUACAAUACCUAAAAACGUGUGCAACCACGACGCAGGCGGUCCAGCCAUAAUGGACGGUCAGCUGGUGGGCAUUCUCUCGUUCUCCUCCAAGCGCUGCGACCAGCCCGACCACCCUGCGGUGUUCUCUACCGUCGGCGUCAUCGCUCCAUGGCUGGAGAAGUUGGGAGAGAAGAAAGUACAGCUUAGAAACUCGGCGAUAAAGUCCCCAGAAGCCGUGCACCGGCAAACAUAAUGAAACACUAAUUUUAAUACAUCAAUAAUAUAUUUCCUCUAAUACUGUACACACCAGCUUCCAUUAUUCUACAUUGCAACAACAGAAAUAAAAACAUUUAUGUUUUAAAACUUUAAUUUCUAUUCAACAUACAACAUUGAAUAACAUACAAUUUUAUGAGUAGAUAUAUUUUAUUUAUAAAUAUAAUGCGUUCUUUAGCGGAUCUUCAAUUUACUUCGAAUGGAAUGAUAUCGAGCUGAUUUCCGAUACACACUUAAUAAAAAUUACAUUUUCAACAAUGAUUAU